AUGUCUGCUAACGAUUAUUACAACUCAAACGACAACGGUCAACAAUACAACUCACAACAAAACCAAGGCCAACAACAACAAGGUGGUGAUGGUGAAAGAGGUUUAGGUGCCACUUUAAUUGGUGGUGCUGCCGGUGCUUAUGGUGGUGGUAAAUUAGGCGGUAACCACUCUACUUUAGGUAAAAUUGGUGGUGCUAUUGUCGGUGCCAUUGGUGCCAACAAAGCUGAAGAUGCUUGGGAAGACAGAAGAGAUGAACGUAAACAAGAUCACCAAGGUGGUGGUGGUUUCUUCGGCUUCGGUGGUGAUAAAAAAGAAGAACAUCAUGGUGGUCGUCGUAAUGAUGAAUACAGCUCAGGUGGUUACGGUGGCUCAUCAGGUAGAAAUGAAUAUGGCUCAUCAGGUAGAGAUGAAUAUGGCUCAUCAGGAAGAAACGACUUUGGUGGUUCAUCAGGUGGCUACGGUGGUAGAAACGAAGGUGGUUUUGGUGGUAGAAACGAAGGUGGUUUCGGCGGUAGAAACGAAGGUGGAUUCGGUGGUCCUGGUGGAUUCGGUGGUCCUGGCGGUCCUGGUGGCCACGGUGGUAGACACGAAGGUGGUUUCGGUGGAGGUCGUGAUGAGUAUGGCGGAAACCAAGGUGGUUAUGGUGGUAACCAAGGUGGUUACGGUGGUGGUAACCAAGGUGGUAGAUGGUAA